AUGCCCAGGUGCUCGCAACGGGGUGGCAGGUGUCUGGCUGCCGGUGCACUGCUUCUGCUCCUCCUCUCCGGCGGGGAGCUCCGGCCACAGGGGGCACAGCAGGCGGCCCAGAUCGAGGCGGUCAAGCAGGGCAUCCUGGCGCGGCUGGGCCUGCAGGGACCGCCGACCCUCUUGGAAGCACCGGGCCAAGACGUGGUCAAAAAGGCGCAGCGGCUGUACCGGGAGGCGCUGGCGCAGCUCCGCGGGAACCAGACUCGGCGGCCCGCCGCCACCGCCGUUCACCGCCUGACCCCAAAAUUGACACGGAUGCCUGCGGGUGAAGCCCCUGCAGGCCUGCCAGCCAGCACCGGGCCCCUGUACAGCCUGGAGCUCUCCAGGACAGCGUCGCUUCCCCACGGCCCCCACGUCCUCCGGGCCGAGCUGGCCAUGUUCAAGCAACUGCUCGGCCUCCCAGGCGUGUCCCAGGCCAACUUCACAUGGCCGGUGCGCGUCCACGUCUACCAGCUGGGCGGUGCAGCUCCGGAGCUGCUCUCCUCCCAGGAGAUCUCGGUGGCCUCACAGACCCUCAGCCUCCAGGGCGCGGUGGAGCGGUGGCUCGCGGGCCCCGAGCCCGGCCUCCGGCUGGGGCUGACCUUCUCGCCGGACGUGGGCCCCUGGCCGGAGGGGACAGCGGCGCUGCCGCUGCUGCUGGUGACGCGGGAGCAGGGGCGGAGGAGGCGGGCGAGGCAGCUGGAGCAGGAGGAGUGUGCGAAGGGCGACGGGAAGUGCUGCAUGCGCUCGCUGAAGGUCUCCUUCGAGGCCAUCGGCUGGGCCGACUGGGUGGUGGCUCCCCGGAGCUACUCCAUGCGCUUCUGCGAGGGCUCCUGCCCCCACAACUACAAGCCGGCCAGCAUGCACGCCCAGAUCAAGGCCCGGCUGCACAGCCUCUCCGGGGAGACCCCGGCCCCCUGCUGCGUCCCCGCCGCCUAUGAGCCCAUGGUGCUUAUGCACUACAGCAGCGACGGGGGCGUGGCCACCCAGCUCUUCGAGGACAUGAUCGUCACCCGCUGCCACUGCGCGUGA